AUGCUUGCCUCAGGGGAUAAUCCAAAGAAGGAAGCUGCUGAGAUCCAAAUUCCUUCAUGGCAACCUAUAUUUUUUUCUCUAAAUGCUGCAUAUUACUUUGUGUCUAAGUUGUACAAAUGGGCCUUGCCACGUAGUAUGAGCAAUACCACACCUCUUGCACCAUCAACACAAGCUGCAGACAAGGCCAAUUGGGAUUCUGCCCAAACCAAAGUUUUUGUUGAUCUUUGUGUCGAACAAUUAAAGGAAGGGCGUAGGCCUGGUUCACACUUCACCAAAGAAGGUUGGCAGAAGAUAUUUAAGAACAAAUGGGAUAAUCUGAAGAAGGAGUACAAAUUGUGGAAGAAGCUGCGUAUUCAUGACACUGGGACUGGAUGGGACAAUGUUCGUAACACUAUUCUGGCGGACAAUGAUUGGUGGGAGAGAAGAAUUCAGGGACCUGAAAACCUUGAGCAGUUGGAGACACUCUUUGAUGGAAUUAUGGCCACUGGUGAAUUUGCAUUUUUUGCAGGAGCAUCAAACGAGAAUGCUGUGAACCAUAAUGAUCAAAUGCGAAAGUCAAGCAUAGGAGAAAAUGUGGAUUCUCUCCACAUCUCCUCUGAUUACUCUCCUGAUCCAGAGUUUGACAUCAACAUUGAGCAAAGUAAUGAAGUAACUAGCUCCCCCACUCCACCACUUCGUCAAGUUAGGAGGAGGUCAGGCACGUCAGGGACCCGUGGAAAGAAGAAGCGUAGGGCAUCUGCAUCUGACUAUCGCGAAGACAUUAGCAAGUCCUUGGGAAACUUAGUGUCUGCUGUGAAUAGCCGAUCUCAUUCUAUAGCCAGUACCCCUGUUUCAGGUGCUAAAGCUGAAAUUGCUGAGUGUAUGCAUAUUCUAGAGGAAAUUCCAGAGACUGCUGAGAUGGGAGAUUUGCUUUUGUUUGCUCUGAAACUAUUCCAUAACAAAGACCACCGUGAGUACUUUACUGCAAUGUUACGCAGGGACUGGCAGCUUGCGUGGUUGAAGAUGAUGUACGAGGACGCACAGGGGGGUGGUGCAGGGGGCAGCAAAUGA